UCGAACGCCGUUCGCGCACACGAUAAGUCACGUGUUCAAGCCAGCUCCGCUCUUCGGUUCCGAGUCCAGAUCCAGCCAGUGCCGCAGGAGAAAGAAUCCCAAGUGAUAAGACAAUCGCCCAGUGUUCCCAGUCAAGUGUCAAGUGCGCAGGAUCAGCAAAGGACAAAGAUGGACCACAACAUGCACGUGAAUGCGCCACUCCACCAUUGGGGCUAUGGGGCAGGCCCGGCUGUGGCCUUGCCAGCGACUGCCAGCACCCCCCAGAGCCACUGGGUGCAGCCGCCGCAGAGUCAUCACAGUCAAGGACACAACAGUCUGAAGAGGUCGCUCUCCGAGAGCGACUGCGACGACCUCUACUCGGAGGAGUCCUCCAAAGAACAAAUCUCUCCCAGUCAGCCGGGAAGCUGCCAACUGAUGAGCCGCAAGAAGCGUCGCGGGGUCAUUGAGAAGAAGCGGCGCGAUCGCAUCAACUCCUCGCUCACCGAACUGAAGCGUCUGGUGCCCUCGGCCUACGAGAAGCAGGGAUCCGCCAAGCUCGAGAAGGCCGAAAUCCUCCAGCUCACAGUGGAGCAUCUGAAGAAUUUGCAGUCGAAAACAUUGGACUCGCUCAGCUACGACCCGCAGCGCGUGGCCAUGGACUACCACAUCAUCGGGUUCCGAGAGUGCGCCGCCGAGGUGGCCCGCUACCUGGUGACCAUCGAGGGCAUGGACAUCCAGGAUCCGCUGCGCCUGCGCCUCAUGUCCCACCUGCAGUACUUCGUGCAGCAGCGGGAGCUCUCGGCCCAGAGCUGUGCCAGUCCCAGUGGCUGGUCGGCUUCCGCUCCAAGUGCCGCAGGCUACCAGGCCACGAGCAGCUGUGCAGCCCCGCCCUACCAGACCUAUGCCUCCGCAGGAAAUCCCGGAGCAGCCUAUGUCUCCAGCUCAUCGCUGCACAGCUAUCCAACGUUGAGUGCAUCGCCCUCGCAGCAGCAACCGCAACAGCAGCAGCAGCAGCAGCAUGGUGGACGGACCAGCGUCUCCAGGACGAGUGGAUCAGGUGUUGUCAGUGAGGCUCUGCCACCUCAUAAGCUCCACUCCGAUACCAGCAGCCAGCAACAGCAGCAGCAACAACAACAACAACAACAGGUGCAACAUCAGCAGCAACCUCCCACCCAUGUCCGAACCCAGACCACGCCUCAGCCGGCCCAACAGCCACAGCAGCAACAACAACAACAGCAGCAACAUCAACAGCAACAGCAGCAGCAACAGCAACAACAACAACACUACACACACGAUCACACUGUUGUUCAUCCGGAGCAACAGAUUCCCACCUACAUAGAUCUGACCAACAGCCAUCGACCUCCAGCCGGCGGGGAAAGCCUCAGCUAUAGCACAGCUCCACAGUAUCCGGUGAGCGGAGGGCAGGAUUACAACAACGCCAGCGUCCUGCAAUAUGCCACGCCCAACGGGGCCAAACCCUAUCGACCCUGGGGAGCCGAGAUGGCCUAUUGAAGAGGUGGAACAGUAUCCGAAAGUGGAAAGCCCAGAAAACAGAGUCUAGUCAGGCCCAGUGUGAUAGUCUUAAGUUUGGCCUCCUCCAGGAGAUCCUAACGAGAAAAUCUCGUUGAGAUUGAAUACAGGAAUAGGCACAUUAACUAGUAAUCUAAGAAACCAUCUAUCAUCUAGAAUUACGAUCUACGAACCUUUUGUGAAACUAUUGUAAAUAAAGGCAUUUUUUUUAGA